AUGCUCGGGUCUGAGCCCCUGCUGCCACACUUGGCCAGUGGACAGAGGCCGGAGGUGAGGGGAAGGCUGGGAGGCGGCUCGGGACAUGGGGGCGCCCGGGCCCGGAACCACUUCGCCCGGGCGCAGGAGGACGAAUGGCAGCGGCGGAACCGGACGCUGCUCACCUACGUGGCCGCGGCCGCCGUGGGCAUGCUGGGGGCCUCGUACGCGCCCCUUUAUCGGCUCUACUGCCAGACUACAGGACUUGGUGGAUCAGCAGUAGCAGGGCAUGCAUCAGACCAGAUUGAAAACAUGGUGCCUGUUAAGGACUGGAUCAUUAAGGUGAUCUUCAAUGCAGACGUGCAUGCCAGUUGCCAGUGGAACUUCAGACCUCAGCAAGCAGAAAUAUAUGUGGUACCAGGAGAGACUGCACUAGCAUUUUACAAAGCUAAGAAUCCUACCGACAAACCAAUAAUUGGAAUUUCUACAUACAAUGUUGUACCAUUUGAAGCUGGGCAGUAUUUCAAUAAAAUUCAGUGCUUCUGUUUUGAAGAACAAAGGCCUAAUCCCCAAGAGUACAUUGAUCCGGAAUUUGCUGAAGAUCCAAGAAUGGUGAACGUUGAUCUCAUCACUCUGUCUUAUACUUUUUUUGAAGCAAAGGAAGGGGAAAAAUUGCCACCUCCAGGCUAUAACUGAAGUAGCAACCAAGACCUGCUUCAAAUUUGUGAUUUUUGAAAAAUCAUUUAUCCUGCCUUCUCUGAAGAGAAAUAUUCUACAAUCGUGUAAAUUGAAGCUUCUAUUGUUAAAUGGCUCUGCUUUUCUUUUUCUCUAAUUUAUCCCACUUAAAAUAGGUUAAGCUUGUACCAUACAUGCCUAUGAAGAAUAUGUGACUGUUUAAUAACACACUGACAGUAUUAAAAGAAACUGCUUUAUA